CGUACAAGGUAUCGCGGCAAGGUUCUUAGGCCGGGAAAGUUCUUAUGCAGAAACUUCGAUUUUUCGCCAUUAGGAACUUUCCCUCCUAAAAACAUUCCCGGUAUAAAUACCUUGCCGCGUAAAAUUGUAAAUCAGCGCUCGCCCAACAAUAAAAAGAAUAACGCCCGUGUAAAAAAAGGCGUAAAGGAGGCUAAGGUCAGCUGGCGUUUAUACACAUUAUUAUUCCGCGUACACUAUUAUGCGUGCAAGAGUAUUUAAAAUGCAAAUAAUGCAUGAUGGAUAUACUUUCAAUUUAGAAGGUAACGCUUGACCACCCCUACACGAGAAUGUGUGAGCCACCAGAUUACAUAUUUACGAUAAAGGGUCAAAGCAGGUCGAGUAAACAUGUCGAAAACUUGCCAGUCAUUUCUGAGUCCCAUGCCAUCUCGGGACAGACAUGGUGGCGGGAAACACGGAUGCCGUCAGCUUCAGUGUAAAAGACUCCCGCAUUCGCUACAUCAGACCGGGCGUCGACCCUAACUUCAAACCACGAUGGCGGUUCAGGACUAAAUACGUGGUGACCUUCGGUGUACUGCUGGUCUCUGUGGUGGUAGUGGCCGUUAUGGUACCUUUGGAGCUGGUCACACAUCUGGACAGGGCACAUAGACUCAUGGCGGAAGUACCUCUAGUCGACGGUCAUAACGAUUGGCCGUGGGUGAUCUACCAGAACGUGCAGAACAGACUGAGCCAGGUGAACUUGGCACAGGACCUGAGGCCGCUGUUUAAAGCGUGGUUAAACGUGUCCCAUACAGACAUCCCCAGGCUGCGGGAGGGAAAGGUGGGCGCUCAGUUUUGGGUGGCGUUUCCCCACUGUGACUCCCAGUACAAGGACGCCGUCAGAUGGACACUGGCACAAAUUGACGUCAUCAAACGGUUUGUGGAGAAGUACCCGGAUGUGUUUCAGCUCGUCACAACUUCUGAGGGAAUCUGGGACGCGUUUCGCGCCGGGAAGAUCGGGAGUCUGAUCGCCGUGGAGGGCGGACAUGGCCUCGGCAGCAGUCUGGCCUCCCUCCGCAUGUUCUACGACCUCGGCGCCCGGUACCUCACCCUAACGCAGGCGUGUAACACUCCAUGGGCUGACAGCUCACUAGAGACAGGGAAAGCUAAUCCAGAACAUAACGGACUCACGGACUUCGGAAAGCUCGUGGUGCAGGAGGUAAACCGGCUGGGCAUGAUGGUGGACCUGUCUCACGUGUCCUUUAAGACGAUGCACGACGCGCUGGACGUGACGCUGGCUCCCGUCAUCUUCAGCCACUCCUCGGCUUACGCGCUCUGCAACCACACCAGGAACGUGCCGGACGACGUGCUGGAGAGGAUGAAAGACAACAAGGGAGUUGUAAUGGUUAACUUCUACAACCCGUAUGUGAACUGUGGUCCGAACAAGACUCCUGUCACCAACAUCUCCCACGUGGCAGACCACUGUGACUACAUACGGCGGGUGGCAGGAGAGGACUAUGUGGGAAUAGGAGCUGACUAUGACGGAGUUAACGAAGUGCCAGUAGGCCUCAAAGACGUCUCCAAGUACCCCAACUUGAUUGAGGAGUUGAUCGUCCGCGGCUGGACGGACGACCAGAUUAAGAAACUGCUGGGACUGAACAUCAUGCGUGUCAUGGAUAAAGCGGCAGAGGUCGGCCGGAUGCUUCGUGAAACCAUGGAGCCCUUAGAUGACAUCAUACCUGAGCAGGAUGUGGCUAACCAAGCGUGUAGGACAGUUCGGACUUAGAGAUGGGACAUAACACUGAUUUAGACAACACGAUGCACAACAAUAGACCGAUCCCUAUACUGUCCAUCAGAAUUAGGCAUCAUUCAGCCAAUGAGAUAUAUAACGGCAAUUGUCGGUUUGACCAAUGAGAUAAUGACUACAUGUCCGUCAAAUACUGGCAUUUUAUUUUUCUACUUAAGUACUUUGUACUGCUGUUGUUUGGUUAGAAGUGGGGUUAUGAUAUCGGAUUAUCUAUUACAUGCUAAUUUCCAAGCCAAUGCUGAUGUGAACGAAAACAACGUUUCCUGAGAGAUGGGUUUCUCCCGAGUGAAGCCUGGCGGACAGAAAACGUUGUAAUAUUUCACCCCAGCAUCUGCUUCAAAUUCGAGAUGUUGAAAAUGCCUUCUUCUGACAGAGCGGCCCUUAAGACUUGGCUGAAUUUAAUAGCAGCUGGCACUUGAAAUACCGUAACUAAAGAAAUAGCAAAGCAUUGUAAACUGAACUGUUUGUAAGUGAUACAGAAAUGUACAUAUUGCGCUUCGUUCAUUGUGCGUAUGGUGUAUAUGACUAUUCUACCAAGCUGAAGUUAGCAGUCCGUUAAGCAGCCGAUUUUAGUCUAGAAGGAUGCUAGGAUCCGAUUGGACCGCACCGACGCAAUUGUUGGUUCAACAAGAGACCGCAUACGAGCGCCCCCUGUCGGAGUUGAUUCUAGACAACUUACUUUCUUACUGGCGUUUAUGUCGUGUUUCCAUCUUGAAAUAACCGAAUAAGGUACCUUGUACAAAUAACGUAAUAACAGACAUCACAUGAUUGUGUGAAGUUCACAAACUUAAAGAUUUCACUUCACAAAAGGAGUAAAUGUACAUUUACACAUUUUCAUUGAUUAGCACCUUUGCUCAGGGGGCUGAGAAAAAAGCGUAUUAUAAAAUCA